AUGGGGUGCCGGGUGGGUAUAAAUUGGCGCUGAGCUCCGAGCCCAAUACAAAAUACAUUCAACUAUCUCGCUAUUAGCCUGCUGGUCGGGACUAACAAGGAAUAUAUCACCAAGAAGAAAACUAUUAAAUUCUUGAAGUUCAGGAACUAAGGAAAAAUGAUGAAGACAAUCGUAGUAGUUGUUGCCGUGUUGGCCCUGUGCCUCAUUGUUGCCGAAGCCAGAUCACGAAAGAGCCACGACAGUGGCAAUAGUGAUUCCCGGAAGACAGGUGAUAGGAAGCAGGGGGACAGACCCCUUCCCAAGCCACUGGGACGCGAGGUGAAGUUGUGUAAAGCCCUCGUAAACGGAAACAUCACCAACGAUAACCAAACAUUUGAAAACGUUUUCAUAGCCGUGAACACAACGUGUACCGAAUUGCUCGACUUCCUGGUAGCACAGAAUGACAGCGUGCCGGAAGAUACUACUGGGCGUACCAAGCGCAGAGCUGGACGUGGACGUGGGAGUAAAGGUAGACGCCAACCUGGGAAAAAGGCCAGCGCCGAUAGUGAGAAGAGCAUUUCAAGCGAGUCAAUUGAGAGUGACGAGAGUGGGUCAACUGAUGAACGCCAGGGCGAUGGUGAGCUUGGGGGACAGACGCCGGUAAAGAAGCUGCUGCACUUCUGUGAUGAAGUCAAGGAAUUUGUGCCCACGGAGGAAACGUCUCAAGACCUUGUGGCAAUUGUGGAGAAGUUCGAAUCACCUUGCACAACAGCGUGCGAAAUUGCUGGGGGCGUUGAUUGUGCCCCUCUUGUUGAUGGUGGGGCCCAGUAGGAGACAUAAACUGUUACUGUCCAGAACAGAAGUGUGCCAUGUGUUUGCGAAUUAAAGAGAUACUCCGUCAUUUAAAUAUUUUUUUUAAAUAAUCAAGACAAUUUCAUCACGGUUUUAAAGAGAAGUUAACUCAAUAAUGAGUCCUGAUAUUCCUGGACGACCUUCAGUUGUUACGCAGCGAUACUUACGUCUUAAAGACAAUCCAAAGAAAUAAACCGACGGAAUGUCCCUUUAAUUUGACGACUAACCUAAAUGAUCUUACUGGAUGAGUUCUGUAUAUAAAUAUCGAUGUUUACUAUUUAAAUAAUAGUUAAAGAUGCGGGACAUCUAUUAAGCCUUGUUAAAAGAACAGUAUUACGUAAAUUACUCAUAAAUUGUUAAAUUAAAUUAUUUGUUGAAAUGUUAUUCCAUACUGACAAGCGACUGCACAUUAAACUUUGUAUCAGUAUUGAAAUAAAACGACAGUAAAACUA